AUGGGCGGCUCAAGGCUCCAUCUGCUGCUAAUGCUGGUGGCCACCGCGAUCCAACUGGGCGCUGCGCAGCGAGACGUGUUCCGAUUGUUUUCCAACUGCCGCUACGGAAAGCCGAGCUUUGAUCCGUGCAUCAAAAAGGCUUUCAACGCGCUGCGGCCAUGGUUUAAGACGGGUCUGCCAGAAUUCAACGUGGCACCCUUCGAUCCACACCGGGCCGAGUAUAUCGAGCAGCGGCGCGGCGACAUAGGAGGCCUCGGAGGCUACAGGCUGCUCCUGACGAACGUGUCCGAGUACGGCUGGUCACAGUCCGAGGUGACAAAAUAUCGCACCGAACCGAAGCACAAUCGAAUCGUGUACUCGCAGUACUUCCCGGAGAAAUCGCUCGACGGAAGCUACGACUUUAAGGCGAAGAUUCUGAAGCUACCGCGACACACGCACGGUAUCUGGAACCUGACCCUGUACGACUACAGCCAGACCACCACCGUCACGCGGAUCGGUGGUCCCGGUGGACUGCUGAAGGUGCGCGUGGAGAUCGACAAAAUCGGCGACAUGAAGCUGCACAUCUCGGACCUGUUUGGUGGAGUCAAAAUUAUAGAGUCCGUGGCGGACUUCUUCAUCAACACGAUGUGGCAGCCGGGUUUCCCCUUCCUGAAGCCACUGAUCAACGAUCUGGUGAGCGUCGCUUUCACCGACAUCUUCAACGAGUCCUUCCGGCACUUCCCGCUGGACGAAGUGAUACGAAGCUAG